GAUUGCUGUGGGUCACUUUUCUGCCUGUCAUUCUGAUUGUGUUGGGACUGACUGUUGUUUCCAUUCCAGACCCCAGUACAUUUGCAAGGGAAUUUUCCACGGGAUACCUGAUUGGAGAGAUUCUUAAUCGCCACAAACUCCAGGAUGACUUUGACCAGUUCUCCAAGGGAAGGAACACCAUUUCUCAGAUCAAUAAUUUCCAGCGCCUGUUUCCGACUCUGCAGCUCUUGGGGGUGAUGAUCAGUGACAAGGUGGUGAUGGGACUGGUUCAGCAGGAGCCAGGAGUUGCCACACGCCUCCUGUACCAGAUCUACAUUGCCCUGCGCAGGAAAGAGAAGGCUCAACUCUCCAAGCUUGCCAUGGAGACCAUGAGACCAUCUGCAACAGCCAAACUGGCCAGCAUCAGCAGCAAGAUGUACAACGAGGUCAGAGCAUAGCAACAUAGAAACAAGGAGCAGGAAUAGUUGCCAUUCAGUGAUUGAUCAUCCAAUUCAGUCCCCUGCUCCUGC